CCUCCACGUGGCACCGCGUCCCGCUUUUCCAAUCUCCAUCGGCGGCUUUUACCCGUACUUUCUCUCUCCUCUUCUUCUUCUUCUUCUGAAAUUCUUCAGUCUUGCACUCUUUCUGGUGGGUCAGCUCCCUCUCUCUCUCUCUCUCUCUCUCUCUGCGCAAAAAUCUUUUCCUCCUCAUUUUUCUCUUCGAUAUUUUCCGGGAAAGAGACCGGCGAGCUCCGCACGAGCACGUCUCUCCAACUCUCUUCAACAGCGGAAAUCCGAACAACCACCGAGGAGGUUUUUCGCUUUUCCUUUCUCUUUUUCUUCUGCGUUGCGUUGCCUUUGUCGGCGAGUUCUCGAAGUUUUCCCGUCUUCGCUCCAAACCCUAAGCCUAUGUGGUUGCCGCAUGCCUCGAUUCUUCUUCUCUAGAGCGAAACCGAUGGAGCCCAGGACGAAUCGAGGCUCGAGGCCGCGGCUCGAGCGUCGCAACGCGGCGAAGCACUACGACUACGAAGCGUCCUCGUCGUCGCACUCGGCCGACGACUCGUCGUCCUCGGCUUCGGCUUCGCUCCACACGCGAUCGCUGGACUUGUUUGAGCAGACGAGCUUCAGGGUCGAGGGAGGCGACGGCGAGAUCGAUCUGAUAUGCAGGAACUUGGGGCUGUCGGGGAUUGAGGACUUCGCUAUCCCAGCGGCGGCAUGGGAGGCGAGGAAGAUCAGGUCGUCCUCUGAUCUUCUGCCUCGGUCGAGGUUGAACUGGAUGGAGAGUCCCAAAGAAGAAGGCCAAGAGAAGGUUGCGGUUGAAACUGAGUUUGCAGAUAGGGUUUUGACUGAGUUGACUAGGAUUGAUUCGGCUAAGUCGAAGCAGCGCAAUGAAAUGGUUGAGGAUUCAGGGGAAAUCCUUCGUGAGAGACUUAGGGCAGAUGCAAUCCAGUCGAGUCAGGACAAGAUUGUUGAGUUGCGUGGAAUUUCCGUUGGGGUAAGAGAAUGUUGUGGUAUAAAGGGUGUUAGGCCACCUAUGCUUAAGCCUCCACCAUCUAUUCGGGUUCCAAUAAUUGAUGAUGCUUGCUCGACGUGGGACUUACUGAGGGAUUUUGCCCCUGUUGGCGAAGAAGGAGCUUCUAGCGUUGCUAUUAGAUGGAGGGAUACUGCUGAUGAAGAACACGAAGAUGCAGGAGAGCAGAAACAAGUAGUAAAUGAAGCAAUUAGGGUCGAGGUUGAGGAGGAGCAGGAAAAGGGAGUAAGGUUAGGGGAGACUGCCGUGCUAUCGACAUCUUGCUCAUUUUCGACUUCAAAUGAUGAAGACUCCUCAAGUACUACUACAACUACACCGGUAAUUAUUUCACCAAGUGAGAGAUACCGUCGAAUAAUCGAAAAUUGGGAUAAGGGUCAGCUUCUGGGACGUGGGUCAUUUGGAUCAGUCUACGAAGGAAUAGCUGAUGAUGGAUUCUUUAUUGCUAUAAAGGAAGUCUCAUUGCUCGAUCAAGGAGCUAUGGGAAGGCAAAGUAUCUUGUAUUUGGAACAGGAGAUUGCUCUUCUAAGUCAGUUUGAACAUGAGAACAUAGUCCAGUAUUAUGGCACAGCAAAGGAUGAUUCCAAUCUCUAUAUUUUCCUCGAGCUCAUGACGAAAGGUUCGCUUGCAAAUCUCUAUCAGACAUAUCAUCUAAAAGAUUCUCAAGUUUCUGCAUACACGAGACAGAUCUUGAGUGGUCUAAAGUAUCUUCAUGAUCGCAAUGUGGUCCACAGGGACAUCAAAUGUGCAAACAUUUUGGUCGAUGCAAGCGGAAUGGUGAAACUUGCAGAUUUUGGAUUGGCAAAGGCAACCAAAUUAAAUGAUGUCAAAUCUUGCAAGGGCACUGCAUUCUGGAUGGCACCGGAGGUUGUAAAGGCCAAAAACCAUGGCUAUGGGCUUCCGGCUGAUAUAUGGAGCCUUGGGUGCACUGUCUUAGAGAUGCUGACUGGUCUGGUCCCAUAUUCUCCUUUGGAAUGGAUGCAAGCGUUGUUUCGUAUCGGAAGGGGUGAGCCACCACCACUACCAGAUUCUUUAUCCAGAGAUGCUAGUGAUUUUAUAUUGGAAUGUUUACAAGUUAAUCCCAAUGACCGUCCCACUGCCGCACAGCUCUUGGAUCAUCCAUUUGUGAAGAGGCCGGUUCCCACAUUAUCGGGCUCGGCAUCUCCUUAUCACCAUCUCGGUAGACGAGUAACUACAUAAACUAUACCGAAUUCAUCUUUGCUUAUCCAUAGCCGUCAAUUUCUCACGGCCUUGCUGCGGAUCUAGCUGUAGACCUGUCACUUAUAUGGAGAGCAUGCGAUUGGUCUUUGUGAUUAGGUUUAGGAAUUCAUGCCUUGCAAAUAUGUUCAGUUGGAUGCCUAGGGUACAUUUAACUUAUUUUUGGCCUUUUGCUUUUCUCUCAAUUUCUUUUUUCACCGGUGAAUCUGAAGAUUGCAAGGGACAGACGUUUCUGUUGUUGUUGUGGUGAGAAAAUUAUGAGGGGAGACAAAUGUAUAUAUAUCUUUCAUGAAAUGCGUGUGUAUUUAAAUUUGAGUGAAGUCAAGGUCUCUGAUUCA